UGUGCAGAGCGGAUCCCGGAGGCUCGAGCAGUACUUGACUUGCUGGAGAAAUGUCCAGAGCACCAGAAGAAGGGAGGUUUUCCCGUCAUAGUUUUUGAGGGGCUGGAUGCCACAGGCAAAACCACUGUGACCCAGGCUGUUAAGGACACCCUGAAUGGCGUUUUGCUGAGGUCCCCACCAGCUUGCAUCAGCCAAUGGAGGACUGUGUUUGAUGAUGAGCCAACACCCAUUAAAAGAGCAUUUUAUGCUGCGGGCAACUACAUUCUUGCUUCAGAAAUAGCGAAAGCAUCCACUCAGGCACCCGUGAUCAUAGACAGAUACUGGCACAGCACAGCUGCCUACACAAUUGCUACUGAAACAAAUGGGAAAGUCCAGGAUCUUCCACCAGCUCAUGAUGAGGUGUACCAGUGGCCUGAGGAUCUGCUUAAACCCGAUCUUGUUCUUCUUCUGACUGUUGACCCUGAGGAACGAGUGCGGAGACUUCAGCAUCGGGGACUUGAGAAAACAAAGGAGGAAGCCAAGUUGGAAGCUAACAGUUUGUUUCGCCAAAGAGUUGAAGAGUCAUACAGAAGGAUGGUGAAUCCUGCGUGCCAAGAGGUUGAUGCCAGCCCCUCCAAGGAAGAGGUUCUCAAGGCAGUACUACAACUAAUUAAGCAACAUUGUGCUUUGUGA